CAGGCCCAUUGGGACACUUCUUGGAGGAACUAGAUGUCCUCCUCUCAAACAUCCCAGAAAAUGGCCCACCACUUGUUCUUCUUGGUGACUUCAACAUCCAGGCAGAGAAGUCAUCUGAUCUACUUCUUCUACUUUCGUCUCUUUCUCUCUCACUUGCUCCUUCUCCACCAACUCACAAAGCUGGCAACCACCUUGACCUCAUCUUCACCAGAAACUGCUCCACCUCCGACCUCACGCUCCGACACACAUGUAGCAGAACGGAUCUCCGCUUGUCUGACCGACAUCUCUCAGUGGAUGUCUGACCAUCACCUGAAACUCAAUCUCGACAAGACUGAGUUUCUUUUUCUCCCAGGAAAGGGCUCUCCCACCACAGACCUAACCAUCACCCUCGACAACUCUGUGGUAACUCCUUCUCAUACCGCAAGGAACCUGGGUGUGACACUUGAUGACCAUCUCUCCCUCACUGCCAACAUUGCUGCAACAGCUCGAUCUUGCAGAUACAUGUUGCACAACAUCAGAAGGAUACGGCCUCUUCUAACCCAGAAGGCGGCACAGGUUCUGGUCCAGGCUCUUGUCAUCUCACGCUUGGAUUACUGCAACUCCCUCCUGGCUGGUCUCCCUGCGUGUGCCAUACGACCUCUGCAACUCAUCCAGAACGCAGCAGCUCGACUGGUAUUCAACUUACCAAAAUUCUCCCACACUACACCGCUCCUCCACUCCCUUCACUGGCUUCCUGUAGCUGCUCGCAUCCGCUUCAAGAAUCUAGUGCUUGCGUUCCAUGCUACAAACAGAUCCGGUCCAGCCUACAUCCAGGACAUGAUCAAAACCUACACCCCAGCCCGCCCACUUCGCUCUGCAUCGGCAAACCGGCUCGCUGCCCCCUCACUGAGAGGAUCGCAGAGGCAUUCGCAGAACUCGAGACUGUUCACUGUCCUUGCUCCCAAAUGGUGGAACGAGCUCCUCAUCGACAUCCGGACAGCGGAAAGCCUCCACAUCUUCCGACACCGACUAAAAACACAUUUCUUCCGACUCUGCAUGCUCACCACUGUCUACAAGUAUGGCUUUCUGGAUUUCACGUCUCGACGACUGUCUGACAACAGCUGGCAGAAGAUUCCAUCAGAAAUCAUUGAGAAAGAGGAUGAGGUUGUUCCUGAAGCACCAUUGUGUGAUGUGCUGGACCUCUUCUCUGAAGUGGGUCUCAUCAUUGUUGGAUAUGAGACCCACGGUGGUGUCGUCCGCGAACUUUACAACCAUGUUUGUGGGAUGGAUGGCAGAGCAUUCCUGUGUUAA